AUGAAUAAGCUUUGUCCACCAUUUCGUGAUGCAAAUCGUAAUCUUCGCCCAUGUUUCUUUCUCAGUUCCGAUUUUUCAAGAGCUCUUCGACGUUUGCACGCAAUAAUACUGGCACGCCAAUACAUUGAUCCACGGAUCUCCAUUACUAGAGGGAUCACAGCCGGUUGGUCGCGAGGCUACGUGGCGCGUCCCCGGGUGGCGGAUAGGGGGCUAAUCGCGGACCAAAAGCGACCUUGUGCUUGCCCAGAGACGCAGGUGGAUUCAGGGGAUGGACUCCCUGUUUCUGCUGAGCAAGGACUGACUCAUGACAUCCUUGUAUCCCGCACGUCGGUCCGGCCGAAAGCCUGCAAUCAAGUGACUGGGAGGUGCAAGGGAGGCGGUUUGGAGUCGCCUCCAACAAAUAAGCUCUACAUGUCCACUCCGGGAGAACGGAAGUUCUCCCAGAAACUCAUGGGACUAGAGGCUUACAACCUGUCCAUGGGUUUUAAAAAUUUUACGCAAAACACAGUAAUAGAAAAGUCUCCUGAUUCCGGAGGAAAGCCUGGUACGGUAGCGCCAGGUAGGACGGGGUUGCAGGAGUCAUGUAGGCUACCAAAACGGAAAAGGACUAGGAUGGCGAUCUGUACUUAUAACGCACGUACGCUUGCAUCGGAAGCGGCCAUCGAAGAUCUGAUGAUGCAAGUAAAGAAGAUCAAGUACGACAUCAUCGGACUGACCGAGACGAGACGACGUCACCUUCUCAACGCCGUAUAUGAAACUGGAGAAGAACUGUUCUUAGGUACAUGCGACAGUAGAGGUGUUGGUGGAGUUGGCGUCCUCGUCAACACGAGUAUGGCAAAGAACAUCGACUCUUUUGAACAACUUACGACCCGAAUCGGACGUCUGCGGAUGAGAAGAUGUGGCCCAACACCAGCUUUGACUAUCUUCGUCGCUUGCGCUCCAACAUCAAGCUACGAAGAAGAAGAAGUCGAAGCUUUCUAUAUGGAUCUGGAGAAGUUCUACCGAGAAGACCAUGCCUUCUACAAAGUCAUAAGAAGAACGCCUGAGGAACUUCACAUCGGGACCCACGGCUUACAAUGGAAUGACCAGGGGGAGAGGCUCUCUGAGUUCAUCAUGACGACUAAGACCAUCCAUGGGAACUCGCAAUUCCAGAAACCCUCCUCUCUACGCUGGACGUGGGAGUCAGCCGGUGGAGAGUAUCGUAAUGAAAUAGACCACAUCAUCGUCAAUAAAAGGACUACCAUCAACUGGGAUCUCUUCGCUACGCUAGCCGGCUUUUGGGAAGAUUCCGCAAUGGACAACAUCGACGAGGAAUAUGACCGGCUUGUUGAACACCUUCACGACUGCGCGAAGAAGGCUGAGAGUUUUAAAACCACCAAGAGGCGCCUGUCUCUUGAAGCUCUUGAGCUGAUACCCCAGCGUGGAGCAGCACGAGCCGCAGGGAACCAAGAACUCACGUCCGAGCUCGCAAGGCUUUGCAGAGAGGCGAUAGAGGAAGGCCUUAAAGAGAGAAGAGCAGAAGUGCUGGCUGAAGCUGCAGAGGCGGAGAAAAGCAUCCGCUAUGUCCUUCAAGACUUCGCCAGUCGCAAGACGAGGAUGACUGCUCUCCGAAACCCAAAGGGAACAGCCAUUGCAUCGAGAAGGGGGAUGGAUAAAAUCAUCUACGACUUCUACUCUGAUCUCUUCGACAGCCAUGUCCACUUACCUCCUCACCAUCUGAGGGAAGAUGGACAAGUCAUUCCAGAGGUUCUCCCGUCCGAAAUACGACAUGCUAUCAUGUCAGUAAGAAAUCGUACGGCACCCGGUCUCGACAGAAUAAGACCAGAACACCUGAAGAGCCUUCCGCCAGUACUCAUCAACACCCUGGCGAGGCUCUUUACACGUUAUCUGUCGGAAUGCAAGGUUCCUAAACAGUGGAAGACCAGCAAGACCGUGUUGUUGUAUAAAAAGGGAGAUCCACAUGACAUCGGCAACUAUCGUCCAAUCUGCCUACUGUCCGUCAUCUACAAGCUCUCUACAAGAGUGAUCCUUAAUAGGAUUGAAAAAGUCUUGCAUGAAGGACAGCCAUGCGAACAAGCAGGGUUCAGCACGAUUGACCACAUUCACACUGUUUUGAAACUCAUCGAGGUAUCACGAGAGUACAAGAUGCCGCUCUGUCUCACCUUCAUCGACUUGAAAAAGGCCUUCGACUCAGUUGAGACGGAAGCGGUCGUGGAAGCCUUGGACAACCAAGGCGUCCCUACUCAGUACAUAAAGGCACUUCGAGAGUUGUACAGUAACUUCACGACCGGAAUUUCGCCAUUCUACAAGAACAUCAUCAUUGACGUUAAGAGGGGGGUCCGACAGGGUGAUACAAUUUCACCCAAAAUAUUCACAGCCACCCUCGAGAACGUAAUGCGAAAGUUGGAAUGGGACGACAUGGGAGUGAAAGUUGAUGGUCGGCAGCUACACCAUUUGCGCUUUGCUGAUGACAUCGUACUGAUAACACCUAGCAUCAGCCAAGCGGAGCGAAUGCUGACCGAAUCUGACGAAACAUGUGGAUGCAUCGGUCUUCAGCUGAAUCUACAAAAGACGAUGUUCAUGCGGAACAGAUGGCUCUCGGAUGCCCCAUUCACGCUCAACGGAACGAACAUAUCCGAAUGCACCAGCUUAUCUAGUUCGGCAAUUGAACAUGAUGAACGACCUGACCCCCGGCUUGGGGAGCGUACAAGAGCAUCGAGGAUGUAG